AUGAUCCACUGGACCACAGAGUGGAGGACAUGUGUCUGGCUCCAGACUCUGCUAGCCCUUGCUCUGGCCAACUGUCCAUCACAGGCCCCCAGCCCAGUUAAUUUCUCUUUGGUGUACACCAAACCCUACUUUCAGGCACAGGGGCCCAUCCAGAACAUAGUGAACAACCCGUUUUACCAGGAAGUGUAUGUGGCUUCACAGAAUGUGAUUGAAGCUGUCAACAGGAGCUUGGAGAAGGUGUGGGAGCUCCCCACUGGGCCUGUAGGAAGCCCAGAGUGUCAGAUUUGUGAUUUAUGUGACAUUGACAAGGAUUACAACUCUUUAGAGGACACAAACAAUCAAGUCUUGCUGUUGGAUACUCUCUUUAUGUAUUUAUAUUCUUGUGGAAGUUCUCAGUACGGAGUGUGUUAUUUUCACCAGCUGAACUCAGAUGGAGAGCCUCCUUCUCAUUCUAAGUGUUUGUUCAAAAAGCGUGCUAAUUCUGCGGCUUAUUGUCCUGACUGUGUGGCUAGCCCUCUUGGCACCAAAGUGUCUAUGGUAGAGGAGGGUCAGACAGUCUACUUCUUUGUAGCUGCUACUGUCAAUGACAGCGUAACCCAGCGUUAUGGAAGGAAAUCAAUAUCAGUUCGGAGACCGCUGGGCACAGAGGAUGGUUUCUACAGUGAUGUGCGAGGCUUGACUGUCCUGCCCAACCUUCGGAGGAUUUACCAUAUCGAAUAUGUCUACAGCUUCUUCACUCAGGAGUUUGUCUACUUCCUUUCAGUUCAGAGGGAGAGCCCCGAUCAGGACUCAUCACCAUUUCAGACUCGUCUGGGACGUCUCCCACGGAGCGAAUGGGAGGUUAAACGAUAUCGUGAGUUGAUCCUUGAGUGUCGCUUUGAGCCAAAACGCAGGAAGAGGAACACACGCAGUGAACCCUACAAGGAUGUGGUGUACAAUGUGGUCCAGGCAGCUUAUUUUGGCAAAGCCGGCAGGGAGCUGGCAGAGGAACUAGGGGCAGAAGAGGAGGAUGACAUCCUCUAUGGGGUGUUUGCUGUUACACAUGACAACGGGGUCACAGAGCACGACUCGGCUCUGUGCGCCUUCCCUAUGGACAAUGUAAACAAAGCAAUCGUUGAUGGGGUCGAUGGUUGCUGCGAAUCUGGACCAGAGCAGCUUUCCAGAGGUCUUUGUCAUUUCCAGCCUUGUGAGAGUUGUCCCCAUGAGAGCAUGGAGAACAACGCUACGUGUAGAGACCACCCCACCAUGGUGUCAAAGCCCUACUACAGGGUGGACCUCUUCAACAGGCAGAUGACCAACGUCUUGCUCACAUCUCUGCUGGUUACAACUAUUGAGAACAAAACUGUUGCCCACAUUGGCACCUCAACUGGACGUCUGCUGCAGCUUGUACUGACCAGAUCCAGCCCUGUUAUCUUUGCUAAUUACUCCCUGGUAGAAAAUCAGAGGGUGUCGUCGAUUGCAGCCGUGUACUCUUCUGAGUAUUUACUAUUUGUGGUCGGAGACAAGAUGAUUCAGGUGCCCCAAAGAGGGCCAGGCUGUCAGCACUUUAUGACCUGUGCCAUGUGUCUGUCAGCCCCAAAGUUCAUGGGCUGUGGGUGGUGCUCUGGAGUGUGUUUGUGGGAGAGCGACUGCCAAAGCCUCUGGAAAAAUGAAUCCUGCCCACCUGGGCUAACAGGGUUCUUCCCACGGACGGCUCCUCCUGAUGGUCAAACAGAGUUAACCUUGUGUGGAUUUGAGUUCCAGUCACGGUUACGACCUUCUAUCACCUCCAGAACCCACCAAGUUCGACUGGGGCAGACUGCGUGCUCCGUGAUUCCACUCAAAAGCAACAACACACAUUUAGUGUGUAAGGUUCGUUCUGGGGUGAUGGAGCUGUCCAAACCAGUCAACAUCACUGUGGAGGUGCACGAGGGCAAGGUGGAGGGUCGCUACUCCAUUGAUGGGAGGGCAGAAAUCCCUGGGUUCAAAUUUGUGACACCCAUCAUCACAGAUAUCCAGCCCAACUAUGGGCCUCGUGUCGGGGCCACGCUUAUCACAGUGACUGGGCUUCACUUGGACGCUGGAAAGAACAGAAAAGUUACUCUUAAUGAUGUGCCCUGCCCUAUCAAAAGGGUCACAAAGUCUGUCGGUAAUGUUUCAUCCAUCAUCUGUUUGUCCCAACCCAUCUCAGAGGUGAGGGAUGUCCCACUGAGCGUCUUCAUCGACAAAUCUUCUGUUCGUACCACAAAAGUUUUCUACUACAAAGAAAAUCCGAAGGUUACGAAUGUACUGCCCGACUGUAGCUUUGACAGAGGUUCAAGGAUUGUGAUUGAAGGGGAGAACCUGGAUUCUGUUUACCGCACCAUCAUCCGCUUUAAGCCUAAUGAGAGCCACCUAAAACCUGUGACCAGGGAGUGUAUAGGCAAGUCUUUGCCAACAAGGAUGGAGUGCAUCACUCCGGUGUUCCAAAGAGACGAGACAGAGGAAGGACAUCUGUCUUUUGACAUGGAUGGAGCAAUGGGCCUUUGGAACAGAGAUUUCACAUAUCAUCCAUACGGGGAGCCGAUUCCUUUUGAAACAGAAGGACACGUUCUCAGUUUGUACCAUGCUUUUGAUGAAGUAUCACUGCACCAUAAAAAGCUGAACCUGGUGAGCUCCUGUAUGACUAUCAUCAUGACGGUGGCAGAUGUUGAUUGUGAUGCUAAAGUCCUGGAUAAUGAGAUAACUUGCAGGAUCCCUAAAAACAUAACCAUUCCCAGUGAGGGGUUGCCAGUCAAGAUCUCCAUCAAUGGGCAGGUUCACAAUGUUGGCACAGUGGUCAGGGUCAACAACCACUACAUGGUGGGAAUUGUACUGGGGAUCCUGGCAGCUCUGGUGGCCGGGGCCGUGUUGGCCUUUGUUGUUAUGAAACAUUUGCGAAAGCAAAAAAAAGCCUCCAUGUUAGAGGCACGUUUAACCCACAGUCCAGUACGCUCUGGUCCAAACGCUGCCGAGCUGUCUCCUGUUGGAGAUUACCGAAGAGGGGUAUCCCUGAGUCCUCCCACCCCCGUCGUGGGGCGAGUGGUGUUUCCACGUUUGGUCUAUCCUGUAGGCGCCAUAGAUCCAACCCUCACUCCCCUCUUGCCAGCAGAAAAGAUUUCCAUCUCCAGCUUUAGACCUGAGUUACUGGAGGAAGUGAAGGACGUUCUUAUUCCUGCUGAGAUGCUUGUAGUGCAGCACCAUCGGAUCAUAGGGAAAGGGCAUUUUGGAACAGUCUAUCACGGCUACUUAACGGACUCCAGCAGCAGAGAAAUCCACUGCGCCGUCAAGUCUUUAAAUAGAAUAACAGAUGUUGAGGAGGUGGAGCAGUUUCUGAAGGAAGGCAUCAUAAUGAAGGGUUUCCACCACAGCAAUGUGUUGUCUCUGCUGGGCAUCCUGCUGCCUCAGGAAGGCCUCCCCCUAGUGGUGCUGCCGUACAUGAAGCACGGGGACCUGCGACACUUCAUACGCUGCGAGAAGAGGAACCCCACUGUGAAGGAUCUCAUUGGCUUUGGGCUCCAGGUUGCCAAAGGGAUGGAGUACUUGGCUCAGAAGAAGUUUGUGCACAGAGAUCUUGCUGCACGUAACUGCAUGUUGGAUGAGUCUUAUACGGUGAAAGUGGCGGAUUUUGGCAUGGCCAGAGAUGUUUUUGAUAAGGAAUAUUACAGCAUUCAGGACCAUCGCAAAGCUAAACUGCCCGUCAAGUGGAUGGCCAUCGAGAGUUUGCAAACACAGAAAUUUACUACCAAAUCAGAUGUGUGGUCCUUUGGUGUACUGAUGUGGGAGAUGCUGACCAGAGGAGCGAGUCCUUACCCAGAGGUGGACCCGUAUGAUGUAACCCAUUACUUAAUGCAGGGCAGGAGGCUUCCCCAGCCACAGUACUGCCCUGACCCACUGUAUCGCAUCAUGCUCCAGUGCUGGGACCCUGAUCCAGAACUUAGACCCACCUUUGCCACGCUGGUGUUGGCGGUCUCCACCAUCCUGUCGAGCCUGGAGGGAGAGCACUACAUUAGUCUGAAUGUCACCUACGUUAACCUGGACCAACCACGGCCGUACCCUGCCCUAACUGAGUCCGCUGAUGAGUAUGACUCCACCGAUGUUGAAGACUCAGGCUCAGACUCUUCCUGA